AAUUCAGCGUAAAUCAUUGUCAGGACCUCCCCAUGCAGACCCUCUCUAAUCAGUACUGCUGGUGAAAGGAGCCCUUUCAUCAUCAGAGGAUGUUGUGAAGUCCUCCCACUUUUACUGGAACUUUAUCAAAGACAACUUCUGAGAAUCUGAAAGAACCUCCACCAACCAGUCUUGAACUUUCUUAGAGUGUGACCUGCUGAGGGAUCGAGAUCUGCAACCUUUUCUUAAGAGGCUGAAAGUGAAAGUUUGUUGGGAAACUUCUUGGAAAAGGGAAAGUAAAGAGGCAGUGACUGAAGAUGGCAGGACAGCUUGUAUUCCUGGUGAUGUGUUUGUCUCUGGAGACGACGGCAUGGGCCCAUCGCUUCACCACCCCAUCGGACCCCAGCACCCUGCACAACAAAGUCGCCAUGUUGGAAAACCACUACGAAGAGCUGCAGAAGAAAUUCCGCAUCCAGACCAACGUUUUCGAGGCCCAGAACCACAAACUGAAGAGCCAGCUGCGAAGCCAGGCCGGCAAGAUCCGUGACCUCCAAGACCGGAACGACCGCCUCGAAAAGGAGCAGCAGCAGAUGCUCAAGACGUUCUCGGAUCUUAGCGCCACGCUCUUCAAGAGCAAGUGGUCGGGGCAGUCCGCCGUCCAGGAGAUCCUGACCACGACCCCUCUGAUUCCGAGAGCAAGCGCUAAUGGGUGGAGCCUGGACCACAUCAUCCAGAACCAGACCAGGAAGAUCGACCAGCUGGAGACAGAGAACAAGAUGCUGAGAGACGUGGUGAACAGGUUGCAGGAGAAAGGCAGCAGCAUGGAGGCCAUGCUCAUCGAAAACAGCGCCCUCAUCGCGCAGCUCCACGUUAACGAUCGCCCGGGAGUUCAGAAGGACCCGUCCAGGAGAGAUGUUUCUAUUGGCAGCUUGGGCAAGCUGGUCGCCUCGCAGAGCGAUGAGAUCAGGACAUUGAGGAGAAGCUUCCACGACGUCAACGAGACGUUGUCGCUGCAAAGACGCCGCCUUACCAGCCUGGGGGACCUCUUCCAGGGGCAAGAUGGUCCCUGGAGGAGAGAAACUGCCUCCAUUGGCCAUAGAGAAGGCACAGAGAACCAACAGCCUCCUGUCUCCUUCCUCUUCAUCAUCUUCAUCAGCAUUCAGCACCAGUGACAACGAAGUCAGCACUCAUGACAUGCAAGAUUUGUCCAGCCACCUACAAAACCACAUCAAGGAGACCCGGCUGUUGCCUGAGAAAUUGUCAAACCUGGACCGGACGGUUCGUGGCCACAACAUCUUCAUCACAGAAUUCCAGCGCAGGGAGACGGAAGUCUACAAGAUGUUGGCAGAACACGAAAAAAUCAUCUCCCAGGUGAUGCAGACAGCUGAUGCCAUACAGCAGUACAUCGCCAUCUACAUGACGUCCCAGGCCAUCGGGCCAGAGCUUCGCCAGGAGUGGGAGGAUCGCUACGGCCUCCUGACCGGUGCCAUCACGGAUGUGACCAACGAACUGAAAGACCUGAAGGCGGCCGUCGAGCCCAAAAUGGAGAAGGUUCGCGGCAUCACCGCGGUGCAGAGGUCGGUGGACGACAUGGAGUACAAGGUGACUGACCUUGAGGACAAGGUCAGGAAUAUACAGUACACUCUGGCCACCCUGCCGCGGCAUUAGGGCUGACAAGGUUUCA